AAGUAUAUGGUAGAGAAGAACAACUACAAAAUGGGUCAUUCUCCGUGUUAUUUACUCGCUUGCUUUGUUCUUACUUACUUUUUUCUCCCUUUCUCACACUUUUUUCCGUCUCUGUUCUUCCCACCCAUGGCUAAGCUCAGAAAGGGGAAGUCCUCUGAGUCUGACCUCCCCCUAUUCCAGGAAGUUGUAAGACUGUUGUCGACGUCCCAUCAGGAAAUCUGUUAUUUUUAGAAUUAAAUAAAAGGCUGUAUAGAAUUCUUUUGAAUGGAUCUAUAUUUAGCACAGCAGGUUGUGCUUUAACAUCUACCAAAGACCAUGAAACACAUCGUCACAUGACGGUACAGUCCUGUGAUGAUGCGUCUGAAUGGAGUGAAGCAUGAGCUGGAUUUACCGUUAGUGCUACUUUGGGGCACACAGAUGUGUGCACACACACAUUCGCACAUGAAGGAAGGAAGGAUGAUUACUGAACUUUUGGGUGAUCUCACACAGGUUGUAAGAUCUUGAAACUGUGGAGUCAGUCCUGUCUGGUGUCCCACUCAAAAUACAAUGUUCCCCCUGAGGCCACUGCUUAUUGCAGCAUUACCUCUGCUGGUCUUGAGCUCCGAGUUCAAACAGUGUUCUUCUGCAGAGUUUACUCGUCACAGUACCGAAUCUUCUGUACUGAAGUCACUGCAGUGCUAUAAUGACUUCACCACUCAGAUACGCUGCACCUGGGAGGAGGAGGAGGAGGAGGAGGAGGAGGAGGAACCCACACACUUCCCCAUCCCAAUCAGCAAUGGAAAGCCAUGUGUACCUGAUGGUCAUGGUAAGCUGCAGCCUAAUGGAAAGCUCACCCGGAGUUGUGUCUAUAAAACAGAACUGUUUAUUAUAUUGGGCUCCCAUGAGUUCUUCUUCAACACAUCCUGUCCUUCUAACAUGAUAACUUUAAACAUAGCUGCACAAGGCAAGAUCAUGCCCCCGACAAACUUUUCAGAGGAAAAAGUAAAUGGUGGCAACCGGCUGAGCUGGAGCAGCCCGUAUCCUCCCUCAUCUCCUCUCACACUAAACCUUACCUACCAGCUCAAGUACAGAAGGCAUGAACAUGAAUGGAUUGUGGUAAAUGAUAUCAAUGUCACAAAGUAUAUGAUCGAGAGCCAGGCGCUCUUGGCAGGCUACUCAUAUGAAGCCAGGGUGCGAGCACGCAGUCCUCGAGGCCUGUGGAGCAACUGGAGCCCCAGUGUGUUCUGGAUGCCUGAAGAAGAAAGUGCCAUUAACCUGCAGUGUGUCAUUAAGGAAGGAGAGGUGAUGUGUAAUUGGCAGGUGAAGAAAAGGCAGGCCAAGUUCCUCUCGUAUUACCUGUGUGGCCACACCAGUGGAAAAAACUUGAAAUGUAACUACUGUGAAAAUCACACUGAGAGUCCUAAUUUUAGGACCUUACUAGAGUUUACAUGUUCAUUGAAGAGCUCUGAACCUGAACUGCUGACCAUGGAGAUCAGAAGCUUACAAAAGGUCAAGAGCUUUAAGACCGCUGACAACAUUCAGCCACCAUGUCCAUCCAAAUUUGGGGCGCAUAAGAAGGAUGGUGUUUGGAAGCUGAAUUGGAUGCGACCUAAUGUUACCCAAGCACUUGACGUCUCCUAUCAGGUGUACCUUGAAAGCAAUGACACAAAGGAAAAGAUGGAAUUCGAUGUCUCUAAAGGAGAUUUCAGUUUAGAUGUUCCCGCCUCCCUGCGGCCCUCUACAAGCUACAUGGCUAGGGUGAGAGCAGUUCCUUGCUGCGACUAUGCUGGACAACCCUCUGACUGGUCUGAUCCCACAUACUUCACUACUGAUGCAGCUCCCUGGACCGCCACCAUAAUUUACAUCUUGAUAGCUGUGUUAGUGGCUGUGCUUUCCAUCAUCUUGUAUAAUGCCCUUCCAGCCUGCCACAGGAAAUUUGUACUGUGGAAUGUAUCAAUUCCCUCUCCUAUUAAUAGCAAAGUCCUGGGGGAAAUGAGCAGUAAGAACUUUGCUAUUGAUGAGGGAAAUCUUUAUACUGGUAGUGAGAAAACCUCUGCAUUCAUCAUGCAGACCUCAGAUAACCCUGUCAUCUGUAAGGGCAGCAUCUCUGAGUACCCGCUCCUGACAUGCAGUGAUGACAUUGACAUGGGCCUUAGCAUGAGCGACUCAGGAUCUCCACAAAGCUCAAGCCACUUGUCUUUAUUUGUAGAUGGGAGAAGAAUAACAGACAAAUCAGGCGUAAGCUUCACUGGACCUUACAUCCUGUGCCGCGAGGACUCCUCAGUACCAACUGAAACUUCAGACAUAGUCUUCUCUUCCCUCUUAACUUUCGAUGAUGAUGAUGAUGAUGGAAGAUACAUUUCUGAGAGCCCCAAGGAUUCUUUGCCAAUGAGAGGAGGCUAUGUUUUAUCCCCUCCCAAAAGUCCAAAUUCAGAAUGCUUAACACCAAUUGGCAAUCUGGCUAGUGAGAACAGAGAGCCCAGGAAGUCAGAGCUUCCUGAUGAGGAUCCCCCAGCAUACACCCAAAGCCCCACUGUGGGGUCCAAUGCCAUUUUCUCUCACCCGUCUGGAUAUUGUCUGAUGCCCAGCAUGCAGACUGUUGCAGCCUGGGUGUCUGCUUCUGUUCCACCACCACCAGAGGGCAAUACUGAGAGAAAGUUGCAGGAGAUCAAGGUAGAUUCACCUGAGCGCAGCUAUGUGACACUUUCUCAGCGUGGACUCCAAUAAAUUCUUUCAGUGAUAAGACCGUAAAUUAAUAUAUUGAUUCCUGAAGUUAAUAUUUUAAGGCUACAAAUGAGGUGUCCUGCCCAUGCCGUGUAUAACUUGAACUGAUGACUUAAUAUGUCGUAGGGACAUCAUACUUAGCAUGUGGCCUCCGGUUAAUGAUUUGGCAGGAACGGGCAAAACAAGUAUUUCAAAAUUCACUGAAGCUGAUGUGGAUGAAUGGUAUAUCCAUAUCACAAUGCCUGUGACUCCAGAAUCUAUUUAUGCAUCGUUCCAAGUUUGAAGUAAAAGUUAUUAUAGGGUCCUGUGACCACAAAGAUCUAAUUCACUUGAAUUCUCUGUGUCUCAUUUUAAAAGCUGUUACAAGUUCAGUAUUUUGUGGCCAAGCAAUUGCUUCUGAGAAACUCAACUCAUUUGUGGCAAGUUCUCUUUUAAGAACUACUUGAAUGUUCACUACUCUUUUCUCUGUAAGUUAUUGGGUUAAUUUGUGGGACAAGGGUGUAAUAUAGGGGGUGAGGUCUGGUAAUUUAUAGGAAAAAAAUCUCAAAACAUAAGCCUUUCUACAAUAUGUGUAAAAGAUGUAAAAAUGCAAGAAGUAGCCAUUUUUCCUGUAUCGCACCAUAUUGUCCAACAGAUGGCAGUGCUGGUGGACUUUCUGAGCCUAAUAUGGACCUUUGAUUCUUUCUCUAUCUCUGCAUUAUGUUGCACAUUGAGUUAUGUGAUUAUUAAAGCUGUAGAUAGUUAUUAAAGCUAUGAACGACUA